AGCAGGAGUCAUGGCACAGUGGAACUGAAGGUCAGAUCUGCAUAUGUGUUAAUAUGGAUUGGUGUCUGAUAGAUCAGCGACAGUGCUAUUGCGAUCACAUCUGUCAACCUACAUGAUUUCUUUUCCCUCUGUAGUGGAACACAUGAUCCAGAAGAACCAGUGUCUCUUCACCAGCACCCAGUGUAAGGUCUGCUGUGCCAUGCUGAUUUCUGAGUCUCAGAAGCUAGCGCAUUACCAGAGCAAAAAACAUGCCAACAAAGUGAAGAGAUUCCUAGCAAUCCAUGGAAUGGAGACAAUAAAGGGGGACGUGAAGAGGCUAGACUCAGAUCAGAAGAGCAGCAGAAGCAAAGACAAGAACCACUGCUGCCCCAUCUGUAACAUGACCUUUUCCUCCCCUGCUGUGGCACAGUCGCACUACCUGGGGAAGACCCACGCAAAGAGCCUAAAGCUGAAGCAGCAGUCCACUAAGGGGGCAGCUUUGUCGAAACACCUUACAAAUCCUUUCCUUGUGGCCUCCACCUUAGCCUUGCAGCAGAAUAGAGAGAUGCUAGACCCAGACAAAUUCUGCAGCCUCUGCCAUUCAACAUUCAACGACCCUGCCAUGGCUCAGCAACAUUAUAUGGGCAAGAGACACAGGAAGCAGGAGACUAAGCUCAAACUCAUGGCACACUAUGGGCGGCUGGCGGACCCUGCUGUCUCUGACUUAGCAGCUGGGAAGGGCUACCCCUGCAAGACGUGUAAAAUAGUGCUGAACUCCAUAGAGCAGUACCAAGCUCACGUCAGUGGCUUCAAACACAAAAACCAGUCACCCAAAACAUUAGUGACACUCGGGAGCCAGACGCCAGUACAAACACAACCCACUCCAAAGGACUCAAGCACAGUGCAAGACUAAAGCUGUCCCUGCCUGGUCAGCCUGCUGGGACAGCCAUAAGCCAGUUCCUGGUGACUGCUUAGCCGUGGCUCCUUCCUCCUCUCUUAUAUCCGAAGAAUGUGGAGGCCUGAGGCCAACUUGGGCUGCAGAUCUGCAGAUAGCCUGACUGUGCCCAGAUGCAGCUCCUCCUGCCCGUCUUGAGCAUGGCCCUAUAGGCCAUGGCAGGAGACAGGGCUCUGAGAAGACCUGAGGUGAAAUGAAGGUUGAGAGGUUGGCCUUCCCCGCCCUUCUGGGUGUAUGUCGUACAGUCCCGAUGUCUGUUUUUAUUCUCAAGGUCAGUUGGGAGCAAGGUCCUGCAGAGAAGGGAGAGCACUGUCUCUGGGUUCCAGGCAGCUUGGUGUAGAAAUGUGGAGCUAAUGUGUCAUUUCCUGUCCCUCAAGUGUGCAGGCUUGCUAGGUAUAGAUCCUGCCAACCAUGAAGUGUCCCAGAACACAGAGUCUCUGGCAGAGCACUGCCAUCUCCGCUGCCUGCUGUCUCUCCAGUUCCCACAUGGUGCUAGGCAGCUGCAGCAGCUCGGCAUCAGAGGAGACUUGAAUGCCCACUGGGUUCCUGAAAGGCACCUAAGGGGGUGCACCAACCCAGGGCCAUGUGAGAAAGUCUCCUACCUGCUAUGUUCCUUGAUUCUGUGCCCUUGUGGUAACUGCUUCCUGCCAGCCUACUAAAAGGUCACUUGGUGUUAGCUCUGUGCCCUUGUGUAGUGGGCAAUCCUACCCAGUUGCUAUGGUGCUAUCCCUCCCUUGACCUCCUCAAGAAGAUUCCGGGGGAACUAAAAAGGAAUUUAGAACUGGUGCAGGUUCUACAGAGAGCAAUAGGGUCCCCAGACCCUAACCUGAGGAAUUCCUUGUGGGUUUGUGUCCUGGGAUCCACUGCAGUGGGUUUUUACAUAACUGUGGGUGGAGCAGGUCUUCCAGGAAGUAUUCCUAAAGCCUGUCGAGAUAAAACAGCUUCCUUGUUAGUGUCAUUGGGUACCAAGUAGAGAUGGGGCAGGGCUUAAACUCUUGUUCUUUGGUCAUUCAACCAUCCAAAAAAAGAAUUUCUUCUUGAGUCAGGCUGUAACCCCAGGGCUGAGGUUGAUACUGCUGUGGCAUCCCCACACAGUCGGCCCCAGUGUCCUUAAUAACGAUCUUACCCAGGAAAGGUCUCCCUGAUGCCCUAAGCCCAACCCAGUUCAUCCCCCAGCUAAGGGAUUGAUUCUUGAGAUAGUCACUCUGGCUACUGAGUGGGGGACUGCGAAGAGGCCAGUGUGAAAACUGUGUCCAUACUGCUGCUGGUCUCAAGGGCACUCCCUUCAGGGUAGAUGUCCAGGGUGUUGUCUUAAGUGCUGGAUGUGUGAGUGACUGAGUGGCAGUGCUGAAGACAGGUGUCCUUUCCCACUCCACUUAAAGAGCUGUCAGAGUUUUCCUUGAAGUCCUCCUAGGCCAACUGGUCCUUGGGAGAGCCUUUUAUUUGACUCAGAAGUAACAGGACAAAGAGCGUUACGGCUUAGAAACUGAUGCAGAUGGGCCAGGCCAAGCACCACCAGCCCCAGGUCCUUGUAGCACACUGCUCUGGGCACCAGUGGCCCCUAGCUCCUGACUUAAGCUCUUGACUCCUGGGGUCGGUUCUCUGCUUUCAGCUUCCCAACUGUAGGCCUCCUCAGCAGUCUUCCUAGAAGUCUGUGCCAGAAUUGGUGUCAGAAUUAGUAAAGAGCAUGAAGUAGGGAACCGAAGGGUAAGGCCCUGAAUGGGCUGACUGGCCAUUAGCCCUUGUCUUGGAAGACCUCUGUGUUUAAAUAGAUUCAGGAGUCCCUACCAGCUUCAUGUCCAACACUGCGAGUGUGGAAACCCUAGAAGUAGCUAGCUGUUGCCCUUUGGAAGCUUACACACUUAAAAAUCAUGAUUUGGAGAGUCUCGUGGGGCAAGUGGGAGUGUCCAGGACACAAGCACUAACAUCGUGGAGUAGAAGGCUGAGAGAGAAAUGCCUGGUCUCUGUGGCUUUGUUUCAUGUAGCCCAGGCUGGUCUCAGACUUGUCAUCUGGGAGGCUAGCCUUGAGCUGCUUGCUGACCCUCCCACCUCUGCCUUCCUGGUUCUGGGAUGGCGGGCACAUGCCCCCAUGUCCCACAUCAGCUUUCAUCCAUGUUAUUGUGGGUUUGGUUGCUUGGUUUGCUUUGGUUUUUCAGGACGGGGUCUCAUUGUGCAGCUCUGACUGUUCUGGAACUCACUCUGUAGGCCUUGAACUCAGAUCCACCUGCCUCCCUCCCAAGUGCUGCGAUUAAAGGCGUGUGCCACCAUGCCUGACUGAGAGGUUUUUUAAUACUAUCUAGUAGUCCUUUAUUUGGAUCAGUCACAACCUAGCUUUGUACUGUUGAAACCGUAUUGUUUCCCCUUGAGGUUAUCUUGAAUAAAGCUGCUGUAAAAACUG